AUGAAGUUCUUCCUCACCACCGCUGCCGUCCUCGCAGCCGCCUCUCCCGCUCUGGCACUAAGCGGCCACAGCAACAGCACCGUCGCAGUGCCCGCCUGCCCCCCGACCUCGUCCUCAACCAUGGACGUCGUCACGCGCAGCCCCGUCCCCGUCAUGACGCCCAGCGCGCCUGUUCCGUCCUUCUACACCGUCCCGACGAACGAGACGGCCGGCGGCUCUGGUUGGCCUGGUGCCUCGUCCGGCGCGACGUGGAGCGCUACGGCUACGCCUCCGGUUACGUCGCCCUCGUCGCCGGCGUAUACCGGUGCUGCGGUGGUUAACCACCCGGUGGCCUUUGGGGGCGUCGUUGUUGCUGCUGCUGCGGGUGUUAUGGGAUGGGUUUUGUAG